GCCUCCCGUCCUGAAGUUUUGAGGAGAGAAGGAGGGAGCUGGCGGCGACUCUCCUCGGCUCCGCGCCAGGCGAGGCUGGGGUUUGGGUCCCGGCCAGCCUUCCCCCGGGCAGAGUCUGCCGUCUCCCUUCUCUCCCUGCUGCGUCCCCUCAGUGCGCUCGUCGGAGCUCUGAGAGGCGCCCGCGCCGAUGAUUUGCAAGUGAGACUUCAGCUGUGUAUCUCCAACUUGUUCCAACAAAAUGUUUACAACAAAUCCUGCAAAUUGGGUUACAUUUGAAGAUGAACCCCUAUUCCAUUCUCCUCAGAAAGCAGGGGGAAGUCAUAGUGCCUGCAAAGCAAACGGGCUUAAACUCAAUCUGCCUAAAAUGCCUGAUUCCUUGAGCCAAUCUCCAUCUUCCAGCAAUACUCCUCUCUCCUCUCCUGUAGUUGACUAUUACUUUAGCCCUGGACCUCCUAGCAAUUCUCCACUAUGUACACCCACUAAAGAAUAUUCUGUCAGCCCUUUAUUUUCAAAAUCUGGAAUUCAGCACCUUUAUCCUAUUCCAGAGUUGUCACCCAACAUUAAUAUUCUGCCAGUGGGUGGGACAUUGUCUCAAAAACUGACUGGUACCUCUCAGGCUCAGCAUCACUCAGAAUGUUCAGUCUCAGAGCCAUUAGAUGGUGCAAAUGCCACUCAUCAGGAAAGCGCAAAGAAAUCAGAAGAUUCCCUGGAAUCACAAACAUUCUUCCAAUACAUUCAGAAUGACUGUGCUUUUGCUAGUCCAUUUUGGUCAGAAGAUUCACCAGAUACAUCCAUCAAUGUGCACAAAAGGGAUGCAAACCUUGAAAAGGAUAGUGGCUCUUCCAGUGAAAAGGACAGGUUCCCUGAUCAGAAAAGUCUCAAUCAGGGAUCAUUCCACUAUAUUUGUGAGAGGCUUGAGCACUUGCAAACUGAUACUUCAGAUAAUGAAAGGACUCUGACAGCCAUGCCAUACAUGUAUACAGGAGAUGGUUUUUCUUCGUUUCUUCCACACAGCCUCUUCAGCAGCCAAAGAAAAGAUGGCUGGCCUUUCAUGUUGAGGAUUCCUGAAAAGAAGAAUAUGAUGUCAUCAAGGCAGUGGGGGCCUAUAUACCUUAAGGUCUUACCUGGAGGAAUCCUACAAAUGUAUUAUGAAAAGGGCCUUGAGAAACCUUUCAAAGAAUUUCAGCUGCAGCCAUUUUGUAAACUUUCAGAACCCAAGCUAGAGAACUGCAGUAUCUCUGGGAAAAUCCAUACUGUGAAAAUUGAGCAUGUGUCUUAUGUGGAGAGAAAGAAGUAUCAUCCCAAAGCUGAAGUGGUUCAUGAACCAGAGAUAGAACAGAUGCUAAAGCUGGGAACGACUGAUUACAAUGACUUCACUGACUUCCUGGUGAUAGUGGAGGAAGAGUUAAUGAAGCUUCCUGUUAUUUCAAAACCAAAAAAACACUAUGAAGAACAGGAAAUGAUCCUGGAGAUAGUGGACAACUUUACAGGGAGGAUCACUAAAGCAGAAGGGAAGCUAGUUGAAAGUGCUGUCAUCACCCAUAUUUAUUGCUUGAGUUUUGUGAAUGGAAACUCUGAGUGCUUUUUGACGCUGAAUGAUCUGGAGCUUCAGAGGAAAGAUGAGCAAUACUUUGAAAAGGAUGCGAAAAAAUGGAUUGAAAUCAUUGACUAUCACUUCCAUCAAUGUGUGAAAAAACAAGAAUUUGAGCAGUCAAGGAUAAUUAAAUUUACACCUACAGAAGGCUGUAGGUUAGAACUGAUGCGUUUCAGGACAUGGUAUAAUGGAGCUGAUCUUCCAUUUUCUGUCAAGGCCAUGGUGGUAGUACAAGGAGCUUAUGUUGAACUGCAAGCUUUCAUAAACAUGUCCUCUUCUGCUCUGACUUCAGUGCAUUCAAAUUCCAUGAAACCCUGUGAAAGUAUUAUGGUACACUUUCCUAUUCCCUCACAGUGGAUUAAAACUCUUUGGACCAUGAACCUCCAAAGACAGAAGUCUCUGAAAGCAAAAAUGAACAGAAGAACAUGCCUUGGCUCUUUAACUGAGAUUGAAUCUGAUCCUGUAAUACAGGUCUCAAUUGGAACAGCCAAAUAUGAAAGUGCCUAUAGAGCUAUUGUGUGGAAGAUUGACAGACUUCCAGAUAAAAACUCAAGUCCAGAUCAUCCGCACAGUUUGUCUUACAAGCUAGAACUUGGAUCGGAUCAGGAAAUCCCCUCUGACUGGUAUCCCUUUGCCACAGUGCAGUUUGUUGUGCCUGAUGCAUGCGCUUCCGGAACUGAAGUUAAAUCAUUGGGCAUCGAGAGUGACAUCCAACCCCAGAAACAUGUGAUACGUAAAGCAUGUUACAACUGCCAGGUUGAAAUUGAGAAGAAAUGGAUAAGGCUUGAUGGCGAAGAUUCCAAUAAAUGUGGCAGUUGUCAAAUGCAGUAGUGAGGAAUCGAACUGAAGAGUCUGAUGUGCUGCUAGGACUGUGGGGGAAAGUGCUUUAUAUAUUGCCUCCAAAUGAAUUCGCAAGGCAGUGGACUACAGCAUAUUCUCUGCAGUUUGUCAUGUUGAAAGACCAGAUACUACUGGAAGUUUGUGCUCCUAACUUUUAGCUUACUGACCAAUGUUAUCCUUUAAAAAGCUAAAGCACACAAAGUCAAUUCACAGUAUCUUGAAAAUUAGUGGCACUUGAUAUGAACUCUUGUAAGGCAGUUGGUUAUGAAGCAUUUAGACUUAACAUCGAAUAUAUAUUUUGCCGUGGUCCAGAAAGGUAAAUUAUAAAUUUCAAACUAAGUUAUGUAUUACAGCAAGCCUGCAACUUAUGUGGGGGUUAUAUUCCGGGGAUUGCACUUAAAGCCAAAAUUGUGUACAGUCCAAACACAUGGGGUUCAGUGUCGGGUGGGAUUGCCAAAGUCAUUUUUUAUAGAAUCAUGGAGUUGGAAGGGACCCCAAGGAUCAUCUAGUCCAACCUCCUGCAGUGCAGGAAUAAGCAGCUGUCCCAUACAGGGAUCAAACCUGCCUCAUUGGCGUUAUCAGCACCAUGCUCUAACCAACUGAGCUGUCCAGGCUGAUUCCUGGAACUCUACCUUUCCACUCCCUUUUUAUUUAUUUUUUAUUUUUUGCCAUGAACACAUAACUGAAUGUAAACAAGUUAAACAUGCAUAAGUUGUGGAUAUACUGUAUAUAUAUUUGUAGGUACUUCGUGAAUGUAAUCAUAUGUCUUGCUCUUCCCAGUAUUGGUAAAUACAUGUAAUGCAAGCCUAAAGUACAGUGGUGCCUCGCAAGACGAAAUUAAUCCGUUCCGCGAGUCUCUUCGUCUUGCGGUUUUUUCGUCUUGCGAAGCACC